AUCAAAAUCCUGACUCCUGCUCCUGCUCCUGCUCCUGCCCCUUGACUGCACCUGCAGCGCUUCCCCUCUCUUUGGUCUCUGUGUUACUACCUUCCUAGAGAUAGAGAGAGAGAGAGCAGCAAAGUUAUUUCAAAGCAGCAGCGGAGGAACCUGAAAAAUCUCAAUUAUUACAUCGACCGCACGUUCUCUGCGUUCACAGUGCCCACCACUGUCACGGCUGAUGAUUGAUGAAUCUAUAUUACUCCGUGUUUGUACCUUCUGAGCUAUCAAGAGUCAUCAAUUCACAACAUUGAUCGUUUGCAUUCCAAAAAGCCAUGGAGAAGAAGUACCACUCUCACGUGAACUUAUUAUUUUGCAUGCUGUUGAGUGUUGCUUUUACUGAAGGAGCUCCGAAAGAGUCCCUCGUCACAUCUUUACCCGGCUUCACUGGCACUUUCCCUUCGCACCACUACUCCGGGUACGUGAACAUAGAUGACAAUCCAGCGGGAAGAAAUCUUUUCUACUACUUGGUCGUGUCGGAAAGAAAUUCCACCAUAGACCCAGUUGUGUUAUGGUUGAAUGGCGGGCCUGGAUGCUCCAGCUUCGAUGGCUUUGUCUACGAACACGGGCCGUUCAACUUCCAAGCAGGAAAGACUACAAGUGCUCUUCCAACAUUGCAUUUGAAUCCUUACAGCUGGUCCAAGGCUUCAAACAUUGUAUACUUGGAUUCUCCCUGCGGAGUUGGCCUAUCAUAUUCGACGGACUCUAAUAAUUAUAAUACAGGAGACCUACAAACAGCCGCUGCUACUCAUGCUUUCCUACUGAAGUGGUUUGAGCUAUUCCCGGAGUUCCUCAAUAACCCAUUUUACAUUGCUGGAGAGUCUUAUGCCGGAGUAUAUGUACCUACUCUCGCAGCUGAAGUAGUAAAGGAAAGUGGUCCUUCUGCAGGUAUAAAUGAAGGUGCCAAACUUUUUAUCAAUUUCAAGGGUUACAUGGUGGGAAACGGAGUAACAGAUGUGAAAUUUGAUGGCACCGCCCUUGUACCAUUCGCGCAUGGAAUGGGGCUAAUUUCAAAUGGUAUCUUUCAUGAAGUUUAUGCAAAUUGCGGGGAAGUCUACUACAACAACAAUAGUGAGGGUUGUUUGGCUAGCCUGGGUAAAGUGGACAAGGCAAUCAGCAGUCUGAACAUAUAUGAUGUCCUUGAGCCGUGCUUUCAUGAUCCGGCGCAAGAUACAAAUGGGAGCAUGAUCUUAUCAUUAAGCUUCCAGAAGUUGGGAGUAACUGAGAGGCCUCUUGCCGUGAGGAAGAGGAUGUUUGGUCGUGCUUGGCCUCUGUGGUUACCUGUUAGAGAUGGCACUGUUCCAUUAUGGCCUCAACUGGCUAAAAAGUUUCACGUCGCCUGUGUUAACGAUGAAGUUGCAACUUCCUGGCUGAACAAUGACCGAGUUAGAGAAGCUAUUCAUGCAGCAUCAGUAAAUGUGUCAGGUCCGUGGGAACUAUGCACUGAAAGAAUAAAGUAUCGUAGGAACUCUGGAAGUAUGAUACCUUAUCACAAGAAUCUGACGACCCAGAAUUUCCGUGCAUUAAUUUUUAGUGGAGACCAUGACAUGUGUGUGCCAUUUACUGGAAGCCAAGCAUGGACUCAAUCACUCGGUUAUCGAAUUAUGGAUGAAUGGAGGCCAUGGAUGUCGGCCGACGAAGUAGCUGGGUACUUACAAGAAUAUGAUCACAACCUCACAUUCCUUACCAUCAAGGGAGCAGGGCACACUGUCCCAGAAUACAAGCCCAGGGAGGCACUGGAUUUUUAUACUCGCUGGCUGGAUGGAAACCCGAUCUAGUAGCUGGACAGCUUCUACUAGAUUGCUCGAUUUCUUAUGAUAGCAACAUUCAUUCUCUAUGCUUUAAGCCAGUCGAAGGGAACAAAUCUUAGGGACAGUGAGCAAUCUGUGAAUGCUUCAUCCUCAUACACAUGAUCUGGGACAGUGAGCAAUCUGUGAAUGCUUCAUCCUCAUACACAUGAUCUGGGUGAUAUAUGGUAUCGGACACUAGAUAUUGCUAGCAUAUAGAAAAAUCGACUAAUUGCUUUGCAAAUUAAAGGCACAAUGGCAUGCCAAAUCCAAAGGAAGUGUUCUAUAGUAGCUGUUGUCUAUAGGAGAAACGACUUUAUUGUGGAAUUGUAAUGGACUUGUACUCAAAGCAUUGCAUUCAAGUU